AUAAAUAUACAUGACCCUCGUGAUUCAUUACGCCUUGACCUAUUUAUAGUUAUAAAUGCAUUUGUCUGAUAUUGCCUGCAAGAAGUCUGUAACAAAUCUGACACAACGAGCGUCCGUCGUAUGCCGGACUGGAUCGUCACAAAAAUCAAUCAGGAAUAAACGAAAAUGAACAAAUAGGAACGUUUUUGAGUUCAUCAGGUCGUAAUAAUGAGCGAAAUGAAUAUACGGAUAGAUUCGGUGUUUUCGUUGAAUACCCAAGAUAGACAUUCAUCCGGAAGUACAUCUGAUUGUACUAAAGACAUAGAAAAUUUUAAUUCUUUAACCGAAAAGUAUUGUGCUGUAAAUCUUGAAAAAAUAGAUCUUGGCACAAAAAAAUAUGUCUCUUAUAGAAAAUGGAUGAAAAAUCAUAAACAUUGUUCUUCGAUCUGCUUUAAAAAGAGAGGAGAUAAACAGUGUGAGGAAUUAAAUGUUAUUGCUGACAAUAGACGUUUAACAAGGAAAAGAAAACAUGAACUGAAUAAUACAGAAAAUAACCAAAAUCCGCAUUUACAUAAAUUAUGUAUAGUGAAAACCAUGCAUGAUAAGACAAAUUUUCGAACUACUGAAAUUUACAAUGUAGGAAAUUUACAUGGAACUGGAGAAGUCAAAAACUCCAAAUCAAGUGUAAGGAUAUAUCAUGAUUUUUUUGAAAAUGCCACAGACAAUGGAAAUUUCGCUCUUGAUAGUAUAAUACCUAGUACGAGUUUGAUAAAAGGUAAUUUAAAAAAACGACUUCGUGUAAGAACACCGAAAAGACAAUACAAUGAUCAAAAGUUGGACAAAAACGAUGAUAGUAAAAAUGACAUAUCAUGUAGAAGUACUACAAAUAGUGGUAAAACACAUGACAAUACAGCAAAUAACGAACCAAAAAUUGACGACCCUUUGUUAUUACAUAAAAAAAUAAAGAAAGAACCAGACAUCGAAUUUGAAACAAGGACUAACGUGGAACAAGUUUUUCAAGAUUUGCAAAACCCCGUUAGUGAACAGUCGUUUCGUGACAUAUGUGAUAAAAUUGCCAAGACACCGAAGGAAAAGCGUGCUUCUUACAUUGAAAAACUUAGGUCAAUUUUGGAUGAAAGUGAUAUUAAUAAUACAGUCGAAAAUGAAUCUACUGAUGUAGAUAGGAAAUCUGAGUUACAAAUUCACGAUGAUCCGAAAAAUGUUGAUAGUUUAAAUGAAAACAAAAUUGUUAAAAGUUGUACAAAAUCUACUCUGGAAAUUGACAGUACUAAAACGGUAGCAGCAUUUCAAAUGUUUAAUAUUGGUGGUAAACAAUUUGUAAUGCAAGCUAAUGCAGACCAGAACGUGGAAUCAUCAGAGAGCCAAUGUCAAUCAAAAACUAUAGAUGCAUUAAAUGUGAAUGCUAGCGCUCCAACCAGUUUAUAUUCCAACGUUAGCCAGAGGUACCCAGUAAACAAUAACAAUAUCACUUUAGUAUCUCUGCCCUCUCAGAAUCAGACUAACAUAAUAAACAGCGCUCAGUCAAAACCCAAAGAGCUACAUGGUCAUCUUAUCACACAAUCUGAUGGCAAACAGUUCUUCUUACCUUUGUUGGAAGGUAAGACGACUGUUCCUUCGAAACCAGAUACUCAAAUAAAUCUUAAUAUUGAAAAUCCAAAAACAAAGACUUUUCAGACCGGAGGUUCAGUCAUAUCAACUCCAGGUAUGUCAGGUCAAUUACAAGUUCCGAAUCAAAGUUUGCUAGCUGAUGUUGGAAAAGGAAAAUCAGGUCGUAUUCAGACUAACGUGACAAAUAUAUUACCUCAGUUCGUAAACCAAUUGAAUCGUGAUUUGAAAUCUGAAGUGUCUCAACAAGUGUCUAGUGGUUCAAAGCAAAAUAUAUUGAUACCAAAUGCAGUAAAUUCCCAAGGAACUUUACAAUUAACUAACACCCUCAAUGCUUCUCAAAAUGCUGGUAAUUUAUCAUCCCUAGGUAAUGUGAACAACUUUGAACCGGUAAAUCAACCUAAGCUGUUAUUACCAGUGAACAUAAACGGAGUUCAGCAAAACGUUUUGUUUGAUAUGUUACCAGACGGCCGCUUGCAAUUAUCAUCUGCAGUUGAUGGACAAAAAAAUACAGCACCGGGGAACAAUGGACACAAUAAGGUUUUAGGACUUUUCUCAAACAGCAAUGUAGGUAAUCAACAACAACUCUUUCCUUUAAACCAACAGGUAACAACUAACCAAAAUGUAUCAAUCAAUCCAAAUUCAAAUUUUGUGAAUCAUAAUAUUCCGAUCAUCCAACCGCAGACCAGUCUCCAUCAUGCUUUAAGUAAUCACAUCAAAACAGAAAAACAGAAUGUUUUAAUAAGCUCGUCUCAUGGUGGUAACCAGAGUGCAUUAAAUAACCCUGUUCAUUCUAGUCUUAACCAGAGUUUUCUAGUGAAUCAACAACAAAUAAAUAAUCAAGGUGUUUUUAAUAGCCAGACUCAGCCAAUUAUCAUUGGAUUGAACGGAGGACAAUUACCAAUCAUGCAACAAGGAAUAUCUCAAAUGCCUAUUAUCAAUACAGCGAUUGGACAAAACCCAAUAUUAAAUCCAGGAUUAGAUAUAAGUACAAUCUUAGGACAAUUUUCUAAUCUAACUAAUCUACAGUUAGGUCAAAAUACUCAAACACAAAAUCUUGUAGUAUUGGGUCAGUUGGCACAACCCACACAAUCCGUUCCAAACAUGCAAACAGCACCGUCACCCAAACAACUUCCAUCAGCAAGUCAGCUCCUCUUGAACAUAGCAUCUCAUAAGAUUGGUCAAGCUAAAACGACUAUAACCGGAUCGACAGCAAAUCCUCCAAUUAUGUCCAUUUUCCCGCAAAAUAUAUCCAGGAUGUCAAAUAAUAACAUUCAAAUGAAAACGAUAACAGAUGGUCAAUUUGUUAAAACGGGGAAUGUGAGCAAUGAUUCAAAAACUGCAAAUAUUCAGCACAAAACUGGUAAAACAUCAUCUCAACAUACUAGUACUCAAAGGCCACUUAGGCCUCUUGCUGUAUCGUCCGCUGGUAAAGAGGCAGACAGUAAACCUGUCUGUUCAUUUCAGACACCCUCAACACAAUUUAAAUCCUCGCAACACCAAUAUUCAGCUCACACAAUGAGUAAUGCGUCGUCAGCACCAAGUUCUGCAUGCAAUUGGUCUUCCCUGCAGUUCGAUAAGACAAUGGUGCGGGAUUUCAAAAAAGAAAUUAAAUCCCCUACUACUUAUGCUAUUAAUGUAAGUAAAGACACGGCAAUGAAUGUAAGUCAGUCAAAUAGAAUGGCUGAAAUCUCAACACAAAACUCAAAAAAGGAGUUGACUAGGUCGUUGCCUGUACCAAUUUUCAUAAGAACAUCUACUGGAAAUAUAAUGCCAACUUCAACUGUUAAACCUUUUAUUGAGCAAGGAAAUCGACCUCAAAAUGUGGCUCCUGUAUUUACACCUUCUUCUAGUGAAAAAACAAUACGCACUUCCUCAGCAACUCAGUACAUAAUCCAACCAAUGGUUCAACUAAACAAUCACCAAAAUGGAAACACGUUGGUCAAAACUGUAAUACCUGCACAAGGAUACGCCAAGUCUCCAGCGUUGACAACUCGUCCUCGGAACUCAUCAAGUGCAUCUCCGUUGGUUACUCAGACUGUUAAAGAUCUUGCACAGACGCAUCCUUUACUGCAAAAAUCAUUACAAAGUGGCAACUGCUCAACGUCCAUGGAUGUGAAAAGAAGCAAACGAAAACCUCAGGUUGUUGUUCGUGUUGACCCUGAUGCUAUCGAUGUCGACGAAGAAACAUCGAGUCCUGAAAAAGAUUAUUCAAUGUUUAAUAUUCGUACGUGUUCCGUGUCAACAGCAGUAACGGCAUCGAUUACUCCAAGAAUAGACCCUACUAUAGUUGAAAGGGGACUAAGAAUACCAGACAGUAUGUUGGAAGAACUACGGGGGAAAAAUAUAGCCAAUCUUCAAAAGAAAUCAGUUGAAACAGCUAUCCAGAAGCUGAUGCUCAAUAAACUGUUCCUUAAUAAACAUAAUUAACAGGGACAUAGACGUGUAUUUUCUACACGCCUGUAUCGUAAUGUACUCUUGAACUUUUGUAUUUGUUUUACAAGUCUCUUUUUUAUGUUUUGUAGCAUUGUCGAACGAAAACAUUGUGUAUCUAAAGUUAGUUUCCUGCUGUUAAGGCUAGUUUGUUAUGUUAACCACUCUUAAACGUGAAAUAGAGUUUGACCUAUACCCGUCAUUCCGUCCUUCUUAAAGUCAGCCAGUUGUCCGACGUUUUGUUCGUCAUUUUGAUAUUCUGGGAUUUUGAAUAGUUAUGAAUCAGAUCUAGUGAUAGUGUUUUAUAUUUGUUGACCGACUUUUGUCAUAAGUAUAUGUUCCUUAUUGAACUUCUCUGUACACGUCGUUUUUUUAAAUUGAAAUUCGUUUAACUAAUUUUGUUUUGGUUAGAAAAUGUUGCACGAGAGGGCAUUCAUGUAGUACCAGUACUUUUAUUUUUUUCUUUCUUCAGAAUUUGGAUGCUAGAAUAUUUGUGUAAGAUAUUGAUAUAAUUUUCAUUGUAUUCAUAACAGUUAUGAUCUGGUAUAUUUCAUAACAGGGAAAUGAUAGAUUUUUUUAACUUUAAUUCAACGGAAGUGGUUCUUAAUUUCUAUUUCUUCCUAUGUAUUAUUGAAAUAAAGAAAAAAGAAAAUAUGUCAAGAUAGUUGGACACACUACUACUAUUCUAAAGGCUUACACUCUUGUGGGUUAUUCUCACAGACAACCAUAUGUUCAUUAGUUAUCAAUGUAGGUGUAAAGUAUAAUAACUUUAUCUACAGCGGUUUAAAAUUGACAUAUGUGAUCCUUAUUUGUCAAAUGAACUUCAAAAUAGUUUGGGAUUUCCGAAUUCCGCUGUUUUUUUUAUUCAUGGCAAAUGCUCAUUGUAUGUUUUUGAGUUAAAUGCACAUUUUUGCUACUUUUCUUUUCCUUUUUCAUACUUUUAAAAUGCUUAAAUUGCUUAAGGGUUUCAUUUCCUCUCUUUAUUUUUGAAAUCCAAAACAGUGCUUUUUGAAGUUAAUGUUGAAUUAUCUGAUGAGAAUAUAUCCUUGAAUUGUAUGUUUAUGCAUGUUGCUUUAUGUUUACCAAUUGUUGAUCUUAAUAAACGAAAAGAUAUUACUAUAUCUAUAAUUAUUAUACAAGAUAAGCUUAAAAACCCGAUCCAAGUAAGGUUUGACGCGUCAUUUAAUUGCAAAACGUAGAUCGACUUUGAUAUUGUUCAACUUGCGUGUUUGUCCAAAGCCAGGGGUCGCAUGUCAACAAUAACCUAUUUCCCCCCGAAAUUCAGUCCGUCCAUACGUCCCCAAAUUGGUUUCCGUUUGCACUAAUCAAUGUUUAGGUUACCGUUCUCUUAACUUAAGUUUUCCUAACCAAAUGUUACGAGACUUUUUCCACAAUGCCAAUUACCCCUUAAUACAGAUUAAGUUCGAAAUUUGAUGGCGUCACUUAUACAGUUCUUGAAAUAUGCCCCUUUCUAAACAUAAAAAUUGUUUGGUUU